GUAAUGCCCACUGGUUUCAGGUUUUUGAUGCUUGCUGACUAGUUCUCCGUGAAGCUGGACGGCACAAUAUUGGAUGGCCAAUGGCAAUAUCAGAGUACAUGCUAUAUGUUCAAGUGAAGGUUUCGGAUAAGCUAUAUAUAUAUAUAUUUAGAAAAUAUUUUUAUUUAUUUUAAAUUUUGAUAUGUUUCGAAUAGUAAACUACACAGCUUCCAGCCCAACAGUUGGAUCACCUCUAUACAAUACUUGAUGUCAUGUAUACAGGAGGGAAAAACAAGCUGUUUCUCAAGUGCCUGUCCAGCCUUCAAAAGCUUUACAUUCAAGUAAAGUUUGUUGGGAGCAGGGCCCCUGGAGUGAGAAAGUGGUCACUCCUCCAUGAAUCAAAAAGAAAGUUGCAAGGAGUUUCUAUAAAUUCACGAACAAGAAACAAGGAAAAAGUUGCAAAAGAGAUGAAAUAAAAGGGAACUGAUCCUUGAAGAAAUAACCAAUGCCAAGUUUCUUGCAGGAGAAAAAACAAGGAAGCAAUAUAAACUCCUAAGGUCACUGGAGAAGAAACUCCUGUGAAGGAUGACAUGGAUUUUAAUCUAGACUGCCCCCUUAUGGUCAUCUCUAAAGGUUCGUCUCAUUUUUUCUUCUUAUUUUGUUUUUCCCCCAACUUGCUAUAUUUCCCUAUUGCUUUAUAUAUAACAACAUGGCUUCAUAAACAUCCUUCACAAAUAAAAUGCUUUCCAUAUUCAGAAUGCAGUCAUCAUGGUUUAUAUGUAGAUUUUAUUCGCGUAAAAACGUAUAUUCCUACUUGGAUUAUGUUCUUCUGGUUCAACAUUUGAAUUCUACUUCAAAACACAGUGGAAAGCUGUAGACCUGUAAAAGCGGGUUAAUAGAGGCUAGAAUCUUAAAGAUGAAAAUACUAAAUUAUUUUAUUUGAAUUAGGGGUUUCAGAAAAAUUUAGCCCGGAGCAUGCCUUUUAUCUUAUUUUCUACAUAGACCUUGCAAUAUACUCACGUGGAAGAACCAUAAAGAAAUUUAAAAAAAUUUCUAACACUUCAUUAUUUUGGGUAUUUAUAAAAAAAUCUUAAGAGAAUAGCUAAUUAAAGUUCAAGAAUUCAUUCUCAUAUGUAGGGUUGUCAAAAUCUGUCAGGUUCGGGUCAAACCCGAAACUGACCUGACACCAGUUGACCCGUCGUAUUUCAACCAGGCCCGACCUGCAAACAUGCUUUGAAGGAUGCGUUGGAUGGCGCAGGUGACGGCACAGGCGGAGUGAGGCAUCACGGUGAGGGCAUCAUGGCUAGCUCGUUUUGAAGGAGAUGUUGGACAGCGCAGGCGACAGUGCAAGCGGGCGACAGCGAGGCGGCGACGAGACAAAAACGGGAUUUCACGCGAUGAGCGACUCGACAGUAGCACGCAGGGUGAAGGCGUGACGCGACUGCGACUCAACAUCGCGUGUUUUUCCAAACGGGUUAAACCAGGUUGAGUUUGGGUUUUCGGGUCAACUCGAACCCGACCCAUUUUUUUAAAGGAAUCGAAUCCGGGAACCCGAACCCUACCAAUUUCGAAAUCGGGUCGAGUCUAACCCAAAAUUUUUAGGUCUGGCUCGAAUCGAAUUUUCGUGUCGUGUCAAAUAUUGACACCCCUACUCAUAUGAUAAUCUUUCAUUAAAAACAUUGAAAACCAAUGAUGAAAGAUCAAAGUUCAAGAAUUCAUUCUCAAAUGAUAUUUUCUAACUUUCUAAUAUUUUUCUAAACAAUGAAAACCAAUAAAUAUCAAAGUUCAAGAAUUUAUUUUCAUAUACUAGUAUUUUUUAAAUAAUGAAAAUAAAUGGAGGGUAAACAUUUUGAAAAAGGGAACAAUUAGCUAUCGUAUUUUAAGUACAAAUUGUUUUUUUAUCUUUCGCAUUGUUACUUAUUGUGUUCCUUAACAGGCAAUAACUUCGUUCACAAAAUCAAUAGACCCUAAACCUUGUUAAGUCAGGAAAAUCUAAGAGAAGAAAAAAAAAACCAAAUAUACCAUAUAAUGCAAAAACUGAUAUUCAAAUUCUAAAGAAAGAAUGCAUUAGAAUUUUCAAUUAAUAAAUCUCAACUUAAAUAAGAAAAUUAUAAUAGAUAUGUCAUUAAUUGCAUGCAAUGAUUGGAAUUUCUUAAUUCCUUGCCGCCUGAAAUAAAACUUUGGUUGCAACUAGUUCAUAUUUGGAAGAGAAACUACUAGAUGCCAUCAUUCUUUGAAAUAACCAUAUUAAGGUGUUGGCGCGGAUCUUCUCUCCCUAAUUAUAUUCAAGCAUUAUCAUGACAAGGUUUUGUACUUUAUACAUACAACCCUGUUCAUAGAGAUUUCUUCUAACAAAUAUAAAUUAGUUUUCUUUCGUACAAGAAAGGGGAAAAGAUAUUCCAACUAAAAGCAUCCCAUAGCAUAACCUAGAGGUCAAUACCAUAGCUUAAUAAGAUAAGUGUAUGCUUCUGAGAUUAGAAAGUAGUUGAAUGAAUGUGUAUCCUAAACACAAUGCUAAAGUAUUUAUUCAUUACUAGGCUACCCAAGUUGACAUUUUUCACAAUAACCAAUGACAAACAAAACCUGAGGAAGCUUGAAUAUGGAAAAAUUGAUCAUAACAUUAGAGAGAAAUGUUAAAAUGUUUAGCAAAUAAAGCAUCAACAAGUAAGCUAGGGUAAGGAUGUAGCUCUAAGGGAAAGGAAACAAAAUCCAAAAUACAAAUUAUACUGUUAGAGAUGAACUUGUAUAAUUGUUGAACCUUAUAGUGCUCAAUUUUCCCAACUUCAUAUUGCUUUCCUUAACAAUGCAGGAUUGUUUUAAGGUAAACUAGUGAUGCAAAAAGAAUGGGGAAGAAAGGUGGUUGGAUCUCUGCAUUGAAAAAGGCCUUCACCUCAAAAUCCAAAGAGAAAUUUGACACUGGUCCCGGUAACUAUGUUAAGGAGAAGAAGCAGGAGCUAGGAAGGAAAAGACAUGGGGAGGCAAAUUCCUUCAUCCCACUUUAUAGAGAACCAAGCAGCAUCGAGAAAAUCUUGAGCGAUGUAGAGAAAGAGCAGCAAUACAGGGCAAAUCAAGUGUCCUACAAAAAAGUUCAGCAGCCAAAAUCUCCAAUAACCAGACUAAAUACUGGUGCCAACAUAUCACAAAAUGUAGUUUCAGAUAAGGCAAAUAGUUCAGAGAGGAAGGCAACAGUUGCUCCAUACAAGGCAAAAUACAUCAUUCCAAGCAAGCAUGCAAUCAUACGCAACAAUAAAUCCAUCACCCCAAAUCAUGUUCACAUUUCUGCAACCACGAUUCAGGCAGCUUACAGGGGUUAUAUGGCUAGGAAAAGUUAUAAAGCACUGAAAGGUCUGCUACGGCUCCAGAACAUGAUGAAAGGGCAGAGCAUAAAGCGUCAAACAAUGAACACAAUGAGAAGCAUGCAGCUUCUUGUGAGAAUCCAAACGCAAAUACAUGCAGGAAGGCUUCGGAUGAUAGAAAACCAAAACAUCCAUCAAAACCAGAUAUCAUGGAGGAGCAGCAAAGAAACCUUCAGCAGCUUAAGCAAGUGGAACGCCACUAAUCAAUUGGACCGAGAAGCUUAUAAUGAGUGGGAUGACAGCAUGCUGACAAAAGAGGAAAGGGAUGCUAAUUUAAAAAGAAAGGUGGAGGCUGUCAUGAAGAGGGAAAGAGCGUUAGCAUAUGCACACUCCCAUCAGUUGCUGACAACAACGCCCAAGAUUGCUCAUGCGGCGCACACAGAUGCUCGGUCAGGUGGGGCUCCAGUAUGGUGGAACUGGCUCGAUCGUCAGAACCCCUCGGUAUCCCACCACGCCGACACCCCGGCACCGCCGACCCCCAGGCCCUCGUCAGCCGCCACCACUGCCUGCGCCGCUCAUCACCGUCCCAGCAGCCGCAGAAAGCAACCAAAAACACCGUUCGAUGGCUACACCCCAAAGUUCUCAAGGUCGCUUCACACGCACAAUUCAUCGAACAGGUGGCAGGCCAUCCACUUGAGACCCGCCCUCAGGGACGACGACAGCCUCACAAGCUGCCCGCCCUUCACGGCUCAGCUUGCGCCGUCGGUAACAUCAGCGACAGCAAUUCCGAAUUACAUGGCUCCCACAGUCUCAGCUAAGGCGAAGGUAAGGGCCACCGCCAUGGAGAGCGGCGGAGGAGCAAAGGAAGGCAAAAGGUUUUCUUUUGCACUGAGCCAGAGCAUCGGAUCCCUGAGAUUGUUUUCUGCAAUGAAAAAAGCGGCUCCAGUGGUGCCUACGGCGAAAAAGGCAGGCGGUAAGCACCGGUCGAUGAUGUCAGUCGGGGAGCUGAGCGUGGAUUCCACCGUCUCCCUCCCUGCGGGUUUGGGAAAGAAACCUUACAAGUAAUUUGUGCAUUAUUUAUAUUUCAUAUCUAUUUUGGAUUAUUACGUGUUGUCGAAGGUCAAUUAAGAUGUGUCAUAUCAUCUGAUAUAUCUUAAUUGACCUUCGGAUAAUAUCCGGUGAUCGCACGUAAUAAUUUCGCUUUAUUUUAUGACCUAUCGUACCC